AUGGUUAAUGAGGGUUGGAAAGAUAACAUCUUGAUUUCGAGUGAGGCUCUAAAGACUAAUAAUUCUGGUGGUGAUAAUGUGAUGUUGAGAGGGUCAAAUUCAAGAGGGGAUUUACAGAACAGCAAUAGUCUGGCUAAUGAGCUUGAAUUAUUGGUACUUCAGAAAGAGCAACAACAUAGGCAGCAGAGAAACCUGAAUUUGUUAGUUGAGGGUGAUAGGGAAUUUGGUAUUCACCGGAGUGGUAGCGCGCCUCCAACAGUUGAGGGAGCUUUUAACGCCGUUGGAAGUGUCUUGAGGAAUCCCAAUUUUGCAUUGCAUGAUAAUAACAAUGCUGCCGCUACGGGUGGUAAUCAUGGAGUUUUGACAGAAGAAGAGAUUAGAUCACACCCAUCCUAUUUGGCCUACUAUUAUUCCAAUGAGAAUCUUAAUCCCAGGUUGCCUCCACCACUGUUGUCAAGAGAAGACUGGAGAAUUGCACAGAGGGUUCAGGCUGGAGGCUCCUCUGCUGGUGCCAUUGGAGACCUAAGGAAUACGAAUAUGGUCGAUGAUGGUUCUAGCUCAUUCUUGCUCCCAAUGCAGCCUCGUCUCUCAUUGCAGAAGGCAGAAGACGAGUUGAUAGAGUUGAGGAAGGCUGCAGUUAGAAAUCUGUCCCGAAAAAAUUCUACUGAUUAUCUUGAAGGAAGCUCAUCAGGUAUGGCGGGAAUGCCAAACCCUGGAAUGGGCACGAGGAAAAAGAGUUUUGCAGAUAUAGUCCAGGAAGGACGCAGCCAACCUGCCAUCUCUGCAGGUCGUCUCUCACGACCUGCAAGCCAAAACUCAGUCGGUGAUAUCUUAGAUACAAGUAACGUAUCUGAAGCCUCUUCCUUGGAGUUAAAAAAUAAAGCAGACGCGUUUGAUGCUUCACAUCCUGGGCAACUUUCCCCGAGCUCAUCUAGGAGAGUUAUGCCUGGUACUUUUACGUCAAAUAUGGGGUCAUCUUUGGGUUCUCCUCCUGGGUUUCCUACUGCGGCUGGUAGAGUUUCUUCUGAGGAUAAAAAAAAGAUAAUUGAUGAUAAAUUACAUGAUCUCUCAUCUCAUGACGCUGACGUUUCUCAUAUUUUAGCUUCUUUUCCUGGUAGUGAAGGUGCUCCUUUUUCAACUUCAAAUCAGAUCGCUUUUUUAAACAGUCAUCAGCCGAACUUGCAGCAGCAAUAUUUUGAUAAUGAGUUUGCUUGGGGAAACAGAGUUUCACCACAAUCCAAUAAUCGCAACUUCAAUUUUGACAGACAAGCAAACCUUCACAGAAAAUCUUCUUCUCUUGUAAAUCUACAAUCUCUAGUAAGUCCUGAGUUUGCAAUGUUCGAGGAACCUAAGAACCAGUACCGGGGUUCACAUUUGGGUACGGGCAACUUGAAUGGACUGGGCAUAAGGAGAGGCGGCAACUUGGGUCGCUCUAACCUUCAUCCUCCAGAUGUACAUGACACUCAUAAUUUAGAGAGAUCCACAAAUCAUACAAUUCAUGCAGCAGCAAUGCCAAGAAAUCAGUCGCUACUUAGAAGUUACGUUGGCUCUUCUCACCCAGACUUGCGGGAGUUGGAGAGAAUGUACAUUGAAGCAUUACUUGCACAGCAACAGCAGGUGCAGUUUCAGUUGCCGCUCUUGAGCCCUCAGUCUGGGAACUCCCCACUUGGCCAACAUAUGUAUCAAGGGAACAGGAUGACAAAUUUGCUUCAUCCUACAAUGGACUCUGGAGGUUAUAAUUUUCUGAAUGGGCAGAUUUCUCGGAUGCCUAGGACACUGAAAAGUCAAUUGGGAGGAUCUCCUGGUUCAUGGAGUCCACGCAGUGGAACUAUUGUAGAGGGGAAAUUAGUUUCAUCAUUACUAGAGGAAUUAAAGAACAGUAAGGGCAGGUCGCUUGAACUUUCAGAUGUUAUUGAUCACAUUGUUGAGUUCAGCAUGGAUCAAUAUGGAAGUAGAUUCAUUCAGCAGAAGCUAGAAACUGCCUCCACAGAAGAGAAGAUCAAGAUAUUUCCACAUAUCAUCCCACACGCUCGAGGUUUGAUGACAGAUGUCUUUGGAAAUUACGUGAUACAGAAGUUCUUCGAACAUGGCACAGAAAGUCAGAGAAAAGAUUUGGCCAACCAGAUUAUUGGUCAUGUUUUACCUCUCAGUCUUCAAAUGUAUGGUUGCAGAGUAAUUCAAAAGGCCUUGGAAGUGGUUGACAUUGAGCAGCAAACACAAAUGGUGUCGGAGGUCAAUGGCUCAGUUAUGAAAUGUGUCCAUGACCAGAAUGGUAAUCAUGUUAUUCAGAAGUGCAUUGAAUGUAUCCCGCAAGAUAAGAUUCAGUUCAUAGUCUCAUCCUUUUACGGACAAGUUGUGACCUUAUCUACCCAUCCUUAUGGUUGCCGAGUUAUUCAGAGGGUCCUGGAACACUGCAUUGACCCAAAAACUCAGCAAAUCGUCAUGGAUGAAAUAAUGAAAUCUGUAUGUGCUCUGGCACAAGACCAGUAUGGCAACUACGUGAUUCAGCAUGUCUUGCAACAUGGAAAACCUCAUGAACGAUCUGAAAUUAUUGCCAAGCUUGCUGGGCAGAUUGUAAAGAUGAGUCAGCAGAAAUUUGCUUCUAACGUCAUUGAGAAGUGCUUAACUUUUGGCGGUCCUGAACAGCGUCAACUUUUGAUUAGUGAGAUGCUAGGUUCCACUGAUGAGAAUGAGCCAUUACAGGCUAUGAUGAAAGAUCCCUUUGGAAACUAUGUUGUGCAGAAGGUUCUCGAGACAUGUGAUGAUGAAAGCCGUGAGCUAAUCAUCGCGCGCAUCAAAGUGCACCUGAACACUUUAAAGAAGUACACUUAUGGGAAGCACAUUGUUUCUCGCGUCGAAAAGCUCAUUGCCACUGGAGAGAAGCACAUGGGAGCAUCCUCCACUUGA